GAGGAUAAAUGAACACAGGAGGUUCUCCCAGCAUCGGUAUGCCUGCCUACCUCAUUUCCACUCCAGACAUAGUUGCUGCUACCUUUGGAUAGAAAUUGCAGCUGAGGUGUGUUCUGUGUGCGUGCGUGCGUGUUUUAAUUAUCAGUCACCCUGCGCACUGCCUUCAUCCUCUCAGCUCACGGCAGUCUGCUGUGAUCUUACUGCGAAGGACCAGACAGAAGCUGAGACAAGAGCAACUGGACAUGGAAGAGUGGUGAAGGAGAGGCAAGAAACAAGAGGAAAAAAGAAGAAGAAACAGGAAAGAGAAGCAGGAGGACGGAAGAAAAAGGAGAUAUUUUUGUCUUAAUGUCUUCUUCCCUCAAUUUAAGUGUGCAGCAAUUUACACAAUAAUGUAUUUUCAUUGUCUGUGACUCUGUGGACUGUAGACAGAUAAGAGAGAGCUUUCUGCAGCUGUAGCAGAUGUUGAAGACAUCUCUGACUUUAUAGGGAGCAAAGGCAUUUCAAGCAUAGAUUGGAUUGGAAUUCCUUCAAACAUAGUCACAUUGCUCUCCAUUUUCUUUCUUUUCUGUGCCUUCAGCUGGGAAGUUUGCUUUACUGGUGGAAAAAAAGAAGAUAAGGAAUACACACAUUUCUUUUUUGUGUGUUAAUCUGUGUUUACCCUGGUGGUUUUAUAUCUGUAAAACUGCCUGCCUGCUCUGAGGACGAACCUGAGGGGGGGCUUCCUCGCCGUUAGCUGUGCUUUCCAUCCCUCCUGCAUUUGAAAUGGCAGAUGGCGGCAGGCUCAUCAUGGAAUCACAGCAUGGAGCUUUUUGUUUGGACUGAAAUCAUCCAGCUACUUCCAGAGCCAGCCAGCUACCUGUCAAAAUAGUGGGUUCUUUGGUUCGUCGUAACCUUGAAGGGCCCCUCAGACACGUCUUCUUGCCCAAGAUGAUGAAUUCCUCCCUGGAUCCACUGAACCAGAGCGCUGCUGACCUGUUCAACCUGUCUGCUCCCUUCUGCCUGCUUGAGAUAGGUUAUUCCCAAAUUUUCACCACCUGCCUCCUCGAAGUCUCUAUCAUACUUCUCCUCACUGUUCUCAUUAUUUCCGGUAACCUGGUGGUGAUUUUUGUGUUUCACUGUGCCCCCUUACUUAGCCAACACACCACCAGUGCUUUCAUCCAGACUAUGGCAUAUGCUGAUCUGUUGGUGGGCGUCAGCUGCUUGUUCCCCUCCUUGUCCCUCCUCCAUCACCUCCAAGGCCUCGACCCCAAACUCACCUGCCAGGUGUUCGGGUACAUGGUGUCUGUUUUAAAAUCCGUCUCAAUGGUUUCGUUGGCAUGUGUGAGCGUGGACCGCUACAUUGCCAUCACGCGACCUCUGACUUAUGCAUCCCUGGUAACGCCUUGUCGAGUGCGCUGCUGCAUCAUUCUAAUAUGGUUGUACUCCGCUCUGGUGUUCCUCCCAUCUUUUCUCGGGUGGGGGAAACCUGGUUACCACGGAGAUGUGGUUGAGUGGUGCGCAGUUGAGUGGAGGACUCGUCCGGCUUUCACAACCUUUAUUGUUGCGCUGCUCUACGCCCCAGCUGCUCUCACUGUCUGCUUCACCUACGCCAACAUCUUCAAGAUCUGCCGGCAACACACCCGGGAAAUCAGCGAGCGCCACGCUCGUUACCGACCCCAACAGCUACAGGGCCCAGGAUUGACAGUGGGAUCGGUGGUCAAGGACAACAGUGCAUUAGAGCAAGGGCAGUUACCCCACCUGCCUCAAUCACAAAAAUCCCAACCACAGUAUCAGCAGCCCACAUCAACAUACCCAGACAAGCGAUACGCCAUGGUACUCUUCCGCAUUACAAGCGUGUUUUAUAUCCUCUGGUUGCCGUACAUCCUCUACUUUCUGUUGGAGAGCGGCGGGUUCUACCACCACCCUGCAGCCUCAUUCCUAACCACAUGGCUGGCCAUCAGCAACAGCUUCUGUAACUGUCUCAUCUACAGCCUCUCCAACUCUGCCUUCAGGAAGGGCCUCAAACGCCUCUGCUCCUUCUGUUUACAGCGCAGUGGCAGUGGCUUUGGGGUUAGGAACACCAAAAAGGCUUUCAUUGGCUCUGUUGAAAAAGGAUCUGCUGGGCUGGGAUAUGGAUAUGGUCAUGGCGAAAUAGGAAUUGGCACGACAUGUCAUGUGUAAGGCACACACACAGAGGAAGCUCUUGUGUGAAUUGGCAUUUGAACUUUUUAAAGGAUGCCUGAUAUGAUUGCUGUAAAAUGUCUCCAUUGGAGCUAAAAUAUGCUGUAAAGAGAGAGAAGGAGGCGUUGAUCUGCCACUGCUGUUUCUGUUGCGUUUGGAGGUUACACAGAUGUCCUCUCUGCACACGCCACAGCUGGCAAAGACAGAGAAAGGGAGUCAAGAGCAAAGCGCUGAAGGAGAAAAUGCUUAAACAGCCAUGCAAGGUGUUUUUAAAAUGGUCAAGGAAACCCAGCAUGCUGUGCUGUGUAUGGACACGAUGAUGGAUGGAAGAGGUGUCUGAAAAUCUGUGGAGAAGUGAACUCUUUUGAGGUUAACAACAUUUUUGUCUGUCUGAUUUGUUUUAUCCUUAACUUAUUUUGCCAGAAUAACAAAACUUUCCAAGAAAAGCGUUCUGAAAAGCUGUUUGUGAAACAAUAAGACCCUUGUUGUCAGAUUAUCAGCACAGUAUGAGCUGGAUGCAUAAAAGAAGAAAUGGAUUCAAACAGAACAAUUGACUGCUGUGUUUUAGUAAUGCAGUGCUGAGAAGAACUGCCCAUAGAAAGCUAUGUUUUUACGAGCUCUUACCCCCUCAGUAUUCGAAUACUAAACAUGAUGCAUCAGUGUGUUUGUGUAUUUCGUGUGUCUCUUGUUGUUGACUGAUUGAUUGAGCUUAGUCAGUCAAAAAGUGGAAAGAAAUGAUGUAGGUCUAAACCCAGCACACAUCAUUUUAUAGUUUGUUUGCACCGACUGCACUGAUUAUAAUUUGUCAACAUCAAGACGAUCUAUUCAUAACCUUUCAAAUUUUACAUUAUUCACUGUUGUUGUACAAAAUAAAACAUAAUGUCUUUAAGUAAAUUGUGGGUUCACACGCCAACUGUGAACCUGACAAACAGCAAACAGAGUUUUCAGUGACUUCUCUUUCAUGAUUUUUUUUCAUUGCACAUUUGUUGUUUUACUUAUGUAACUGAACUUAUUUCAUAAGUGUGUCCAAGGCAAAACAAGACCAAGAAAGGAUGUAUAUUUACACUUGUUGUACACUGAUCGUUGGUACAUCGUUGAGCUGAUUUUGAUGGAAGGUAAAAACGUUUAAAACAUUUAGAUGACUGACUCUUGAACUGUGCUCUUUGGGAUUGGCUGUGAGGAAAAGUCUAUUGAGAAGUAGGAAAAGUGUAAUUGUGGGAAGUUUCACAUUUACAUAUUAUUGCAAAUAUUUACCUUGUGUCAAACCUCAGUGUAUGCUGUAUUUUGACUGCAUUAUUGCCUGCAUUCGGGGACUAGUGCAUGUGCACACACACCAACACAGGAGGUUCAUAUGUAAACAGAACAGACAAAUAGCCCAUUCACUCUGCCAGCAGGCUAACCUCUGCAUGGCACCGUGACGAGGGACUGACCCCUCAACUCCUUGCAGUUGCGUGUGUGUGUGUGUAUGCGUGCAACUAUGCGCAUGCAUGUGUUGUAGUCUGCUUCCCUCAUCUUGUCCCCAUGUGUAGUUUUGCAGGUUCUUUUCAUUCUUAACUUGAUAUUUAACACAAAAUAAUCCAGACCAAUAAUAAGACGAAAUGAAUCCAGGUGUAUAUAUGGUGUCAUAAACUUAAAGGUUCUGAGGAAUUAUCUGUAUUUUGAACCAUGAAGACUUGUUUCACAGUUUAUUUAGGUGCAGAUAAUCUAGCUUUAUACUUUAUCUAAUCUACCAAAGAAAGUUCAUCAAAUAUUCUUGGAUUAUAUUUUUUUCUAAAUAUCUAAUAUAUGACGAUUUAGUAAAAUGAGUGGGUUUUACACAAAGUUUGUGUAGGUCCACUGCACUGUGUUGGCUCAGUGAUGCCUUAUGUGCAUGAAUCAGACUGUUUCUCAGUAUAUAGUGAUAUAUUGUUGCCUUGAUAUGAAAAUAAAAAUUAACUGCUGGGGAAGUAUUUUCCUCUUACAUUUCGGGAGGGCUCAAUUUAUAGAGAUGCAGCUGUUUUUAGAGGGAACAGCACAGACUGGAAAUUGAUUGCAUGUGCAAAGAUGAAAACGCACAAAAGCCAGCCUGGAUUCCACAUUCAAUAUGGAGUAACCCGAGCCCCAUUUGUUGUGUAAAGUAAUUUAAGAAAUGUGGUUGUGAAUUCACGUACUCUUCAAAAAUCCAUCAUUUGCAAUCUUUGUUCCUCUCGUCUGUAAAACUGAAAAUAACCAGGAGCAAACACAUGACUCAAAACUGUUAAUCUUGUUUUUGCAUGUAGUUGUUUGUGUGUGCAUAGAGUGUGUAUGAGUGUGUGUGUGUUCAGGUAUGUUAGGAUGCGACCAUCGGCUGAAGUGGACUGUUUAUGGUGUUCUAGCGAGGGUGCUAACAGAGUUAUCACCUUUCGUUGCUUUAUUAGCUGCACAUCCCUUCCCUGGGGUAUACUGUUUUUUGUGAGCGUAUGUGAGUAUGAUGGUGGUAGAUAGAGUCACAUGUUGUCUUUAAAUAGUUUGGCUGUCAUCUCUGAAGCAUUGCCAAAUAUUGUAAAAUUAUCUACUUGUACCUUCUAUUGUUCAGAAAUGGCAUGUACUAAAAUGACAUAUACAGAAAUGGCAUAUUGAAUGUCUGAUUGUCAAACUAUAGAAAUUUAUUUUUGUAAACUUGCUUUCUGUAUAUUCACUUGAAGUGAAGAGAUAAAUGUUUCGGACUCUAAGAAGUCGCAUGCUUACUUGCUGAAAUGAUCGAAGCUGUGUCUUAAUGAAGAUGCAUUUUGUUUUACUUGGACCACUCACCACUAAAAAGAUAUUAUUUCCCACAGCAGCAAUGGUACAAUUCCUCAGAAAUGUGUAAGAUUUAGGGCAAAGUGUCUUGGGAAAUUACAAUGGCAAAACACACGUUAGCGUUCACACACACAUGCAUUCCCUUUUUCCUGUGGGAAAACAAUCGGCUCUCAUGUUCUCAAGGGAACAACACUCUGGUGGUGUCUGUGUGGAGUAACAGUGCCAUGUUGGGUAGGAUUAGAGAGAACAAGAGGAAAUAUGGACACUGGGGCUGGUUUAGGAAGCCAUUUGUAGUUUAAAUGCAGCCUUCUCAGUUGAGAGAGGAAAAUGCUUGUUGAUUGGGUGUAAUAAUGAGUGACUGCAUACUACAAAAACAAGAUAUCAGUAAUAAUCAGUAAAAAACGGGAAGUGUCGUUAAAGUGAUUUUCAGAAAUGAAAAUGUAAAUAAUGCAAUAAGUGCAAAGAAGGAAGAUUAAAAUGGUUCAUAGCGUCCAUAACUUCAGCGUAUGGUGUGUUUAUAUUAUACACUGUCAUUCUCUUUAAUUUUAAUCCCUUUACAAGUUAUCCAGAAACAUUAGAGGGUUGCUGCUGCUUCUUCGUCUUCCUCUUCUGGCAUCAUAUGCAAAUAGCUUUAGGUGCAUCGUUGCUGUCUGUGCUGGAACUGCCCAGAUGUGUGUCUGUCUUGGGAACAAGCAGAGUCCAUAUGUAGCUAAUGAGUCGCAUACUGAAUGUGUGGCUCAAUGUAAAUAAAAGUGCAUAAAUUAUAUGUGGAUUUAUAAUGAAAAACAACAACAAACAAACAACAAACUAAUGAAAAUUUCCAAGUGGAAUUAGGACCUUAUUUAAAAUAACUUUCACAGUCCAUUUUCAUGGACAAAUUUUUAUCUUCUCUCAGUUCACUCAAAAUGUUUUGUAAUUAUCAACUACAAAAGUAUUUUACUCCAACUGAAUAUUGGUUGGCUGUUGCUGAGUAGAGAUUGUGCCAUACCCUGAACGGGAAGUACAGCCUCACUCUUAGAGUGCACUUUAACACACACACACACACACAUACCCGUGCAAUGGUAUUUUCUUAUCUGUUUUUUAAUCAGGAUUGGAUUUUCUUCUUUGUGUUUUCAUAAGGCUCUAAAUAGGCCCCACCAGACCCCCACUAAUGGCUGACUCAUGACCCAGCUGUUCUGGGGAACAAAUUAUUACCACAUUAAGACGAGACUGACCACUGAAACAACUUGGUCUGGAAGCCUCCCAAAAGACACUCUGCGUGUGUUUUUGUCCACAAUGAACGCUGGAAAUUGCUCACAGCGAAGAAUGUGUGUUUGUAAUCCUUAGAUUGAGAAAAUGAAGCCAUUACCGUAUUAGAUCAUGACAAACCAUGUCAUAUUUCAUACAUCAGGGGUGCUGAAUUUGUGACGUGUGAUAAGGUUUUUUUUAAGCCAUACAGUAUGCUUUUAUAGAUGGAGAAUGUCUGGAUAAUCAAAUGGUCAAACAUGUUUAAUUUUGCUGUCAUGAAAGUGAGUCUCUGUGACAAAUAAGACAUUUUUCCUUACAUGAUGCUUUGUAGGUGACAAGCCUAUAUGGUAUUGUAAGAUGUACAUGUUGUGUAUCUGUACUGAGCAAAUAAAUGUA